AUGGCCUCAGAUAGCCAGGAUUCAGUUCAAAAUCCGAUCUUUGUUGUCGACGCAGACUCAUUUUCCCAUGGCGACCCGUGGAAAGAGUUUGAGAGUCGCCGGCGAUCCGCAGACCCGACAACAGCGGUUUCCAACCCAGCUCAGUCUCAAACCGACACAGACAUGACGCGUCCUAAGAUAUGUACUGACACGGCCAUCCGUGAUCUAACCGUCAUGGAGAACAUUCUGCGCCGCACGCAGGAGAAUCCAAAACUCCAGUCUCAACCCUGGUCUCAUACUGCAGCUAUUUGCACCUGUGCCCUAUGCAUCUCUGCAGUAGUCGCUCCAUAUAAAGCAGCUGUUAUUUCGGGAGUAGGUGCUUUGAUUGGAGCCGCCACGCUAGCAGUACCUCCAAUUUGGAAGUCUGUCCAGUGCAGCCAUAUACAUGGUGCUUUGUGUAAGGUAAAGCACUUGAAAGAGGCUUUUCAACGGGGCACAGUCAAUCAGGGCAAUCGGCUUGAUCUGGAACCCUCUGAGUUUUCCAAGUUGAAGGGGAUGGUUUCUAAUCAUUCUCGUGAAAUUGGUGAUAGUUAG